CCGCGGCCGCGCCCGACAGCUCUCGCCCGCCUUCCAGCCUCUGCAGCAGCCCCGGCUCUCUCCUGCCCGACAGCCUCCAAGCCUUCCCCGGCCUCGACUCGCCCAGCAUCCAGUGUGACAGCCUGGAGUGUGCCCCCUGCUCGUGCUGCUGCUGCCGCCGGAGCGCGGGCUCGGCCGCAGGCAGCCAGGACAGCCUGCAGGCCCCUCUCGCCCGCUGCUCCGGUACCCGGUGCUUCGGGGCGCACCGCGCCUCCAGCGACCUCUCCGACAGCCUGGAGUCCUUCAUGCAGCACGACAGCCUCCAGUCGCUCUCCAGCCUGGCUGUGAGCUCCUCCAGUAUCAGCGGUGAUAGCCUUGAAUCCCUUUCCAGCCUGAGCCUGGGGGCCACCAGCCAGCACAGCGAUCUGGAGUUCAUCGGGCAGUGAGUGAGUCUGCCUCCAGCUUCCCGCACAGCGCCUUAAUGCUGGCUGACUCUCCGCCAGCUGCCCUGACACCUGCCACGCUUCGUUCGAAGGUGACAUUGUUCCAGGUGAUCCUUGCUGUAUCCAGUGCAAUAACCUCAGACCUUACUGUGGCUGCCAUUCCCAAAUUAAGUGCUUCAGAGGGGUAGUGCUCAUUAUUACCUGCAGUGUUAACGCUGUUUUUUUGUCACCAGUUAAGAAUGGAAGUGCGUGGUCCUCGAAGGAAUCCCAGCUACCUCUCAGAUCUCUAUGAGAACAUGUUAAAGGCUGAAGGAGCAGUGGCACUGAGGCAGCAGCUGCCACCAGCAGUCCAUACAAGUAGCAGCAAGACUUUUCGGAGCAGUGCCCCAGCCAAGGAGAGCCCCCAGGCAAAUAAUCGUGCGGGCAGCACCUCCUCCAGCUGUGACCCAGCCCUGCGGCCCAUCAUGCGUCGCCGGGCGAGGUCCCUGCCGACCUCGCCCGAGAGGAGGAAGAGAGCAGCAGUGCAGUGCCAGGAGCCCGGCUGCCGCAUGAACAGGGUCAGGUUUGCUGAUGCUUUAGGCUUGGAGCUCACUGAAGUGAAAGUCUUCCAGACUGGGGAGGAUCCAUCCAUCCCUUUGCACGUCCUUUCCAGGCUCUCCAUAAACUCAGACCUCUGGUACAGCAGCUUGAACUUGGAGUUUACUAUGCAAUGCUUGGUCCCUGACUUCGAGCAGCCUGCAGACUGUCUGGAUUUCUCAUCCCGACUGCAGGAGCAGCAGGUGUGUCUGGAACGGGUGAGCAGCUCGGAUCUGGGGCUCAGUGGCACCAUCCAGGUUCGGAAUGUCGCUUUUGAGAAGCAGGUGUCCGUGCGCUACACCUUCAACCAGUGGGAAAGCAUCCAUGAGGUGUGUGCUCGUUGGAACCACAGCAUCCCAGAGGAAAACGGGCAGGAUCAGGUCGAUGUGUUCACUUUCUUCCUUCCUGUGCCUCCUUUCCUCCUUCAGCUCAGCACUCUCGUCCAGUUUGCAGCAAGGUACCAAGUCAAUGGCCAGGAGUACUGGGAUAACAACAGAGGCAAGAAUUACACCCUGAGGUGCCGGACUCACCCCCUGAAGCUGCCCAGGGAGUGUGAGGAGAGCUGGAUCCACUUCAUCUGAGCACAGGGAGCGGUGCUGAGCAGCAUGUCAGUGCUCUGGUGGCACUCUGUGCCUUGGCACGGCGCUCUGCUCCUAUGGCAACAGCCUUCUUUUUGAAACCUGCCAAACCUGGCCGAGUGUCCCAGCGCUGGGAGGCAGCCAGUGGCCUGCACAAGCUGCCCUGAACCUCUGGGAAAGUUAAAAGGCCGGAAUCUGUAGUGAGAUACCAUCAUAGAAAAGCCAUGUGGGUUUUUUGGGCGCAUGAGUCAUUGCAGAAUGGUUUCCAGGAAUGCUCUGAGGCUACCAGAGAGCAAAACAACACAUUUCUUGUUGCUAGUGAUACUCUUGGUUGCAUAGAAUGUUUCUAACUGAUCUCUCUUACUGUUUUCUACUGUUUGUUUUCUAAGUGGACAGUGUGGCUUAACUGGUUUUGUUUCCAAUUUUGUUUAUAUUACUUCACCAAGUCAGGGCACUAUUCCAUUUAUGCAUAAUUUGGAUGACAGACACUGUAGGGAGUACUUGUAUUUAUAUAACUAUGUUAUUAAGGCUGUAGUCACGUUAAAUAUUUCCAUUAGUAUCUGAAUUGGAAAUUCAAUGCUAUUAUGAGCAAAACAUACAUGAAAAUGUAUCAGCCCCUCUGUUUCCCUUGGGAAAAAAACUAAAGGUGCCUUUUCCUAUCUCCUCCUUGCAGCAGGAGUGAUUGUUACCAAAGUGCAUGUAAGGCACAUCUACAUGGGGAAAUUCUCAUCUUUGUCAAGUGAUGCCCAAGUAGGUUUUUUCUCAAGGUGGUGGUUCAGGAAUUGUCUUUUUCUGGUGCACCUGCUUUUACUGAGGGAAACAAGACCAAUAUUGGACUUACGUUGCAAAUGCAGUUGAAGGUCUCAAAGCACUGUAUGAAUGCUCAUUAUUUUAUCACUGUUCCUGGUAAAGUUAUAGAUCAGGAAAUUGAUAUGAUAUAAAUAAAUACAUAUAAGGAAAAGAAAUAGUACAGGGAGCAGAGUACAGAGGCCUGGAAUAGAAUUCCAGAACCCUGAAUCACAGU